GCCCACUUCGUUGAUAGCAGUUUCCUCCCCUUUUUCCCCACACACACUUGUCUUGGGCGAUAACUUUCGUCCAGUCACUUUAAUUAAUUCUUUCGUGAACAAAAAUCUGACUUCGAACCUAAUCUGGGUAUCUGAUUCGUGCCAUUUCUAAGCGUCUCACAUGGAUUUUCUGGCAAAUCCAUGUCCUUUGCCUCUCUCUCUGCUGUUUUCGUUCCGGAAUUUCGUCGAAAGGGUGAAACAGAUUAGCAGUCUCGCGUUUUCUGCCAUCGUGGGGAACAUCUUCUCUGCGAUCUUGACCUUCUGCUUUGCCUUAGUGGGAACGUUGUUGGGGGCUAUGACUGGAGCGUUGAUAGGCCAAGAGACAGAGAGUGGCUUCAUUAGAGGAGCUGCUGUAGGAGCCAUAUCAGGAGCUGUGUUUUCCAUUGAAGUGUUUGAAUCUUCUCUUGUUCUUUGGCAAACAGACGAAUCUGGUAUCGGGUGCCUCUUGUACUUGAUUGACGUUAUUACUAGCCUACUGAGUGGGAGACUUGUCCGUGAGAGGAUAGGUCCUGCCAUGCUAAGUGCUGUCCAAAGCCAGAUGGGCGCUGUUGAAGCAAGCUUUGAUGAGAUUCAAAACCUCUUUGACACUGGAGGAGCCAAAGGUUUAUCAGGAGAUUUAGUUGAAAAAAUUCCAAUAAUAACAAUCACAAGUGACGACAAUAUGGAUGCUUGUGGUGAACGAGUUUCCUGUUCAGUUUGCCUCCAGGACUUUCAGCUCGGAGAGACAGUUAGAAUAUUGCCUCAUUGUCAUCACCUGUUUCACCUACCUUGUAUAGACAAGUGGCUCUUCAGGCAUGGUUCUUGCCCAUUAUGCAGAAGAGAUCUGUAAUCUGUAUAUGCAGGUUCAUGACUAGAAUGAUUGUAUUUAAUUAGUGUGAAAAAAUUUUGUACACACAAAAGGUGUCACUUCGGACUCUAUAUAUAUAUAUAUAUAUUCAAACAUACAGAGUAAUAAAAUUUUAAUUUAGAUAUUGA